ACGGCUGUUGAUUGGUUCCCAGCCGUAUCCGGUGGGGCAGCGGUCCAGGGCUCGGGAAAAAAAAUCGAAGAGAGAAGGAUCUGGUAACGGUACGCUUUGAGAAAUAUCACCCAUCCCGAGUCGCUAUCGAAGGGCUCGGCAGGAAUUCACAGUUUCUUUACAAAGGUUAGAGGUCACAGAGCAGGGUUACGGUUGUCGUCAUGGCAUCUGGAAGUACGAGCAGCGAGGAGGAGCGGAGCCUGAGGGAGUGUGAGCAGUACGUGCAGAAACACAACAUUCAACAGCUGCUGAAGGACUGCAUUGUCCAGCUGUGCACCUCCAGGCCAGACAGGCCCAUGGCCUUCCUCAGGGAGUACUUCGAGAGGCUGGAGAAGGAGGAGGCCAAGCAGAUUCAGAACCAGCAGAAGGCCAGCAGUUCCCGUUCAGACUCGCGUGAUGAGGAGGUGUCUCCACCCAUGAACCCCGUGGUAAAGGGUCGCCGGCGGAGAGGAGCCUUCAGCGCAGAGGUGUACACAGAAGAGGAUGCAGCCUCAUACGUCAGAAAGGUCAUUCCAAAAGACUACAAGACAAUGGCAGCCUUGGCCAAAGCUAUUGAAAAGAACGUGCUCUUCUCACACUUGGACGACAAUGAGAGGAGCGACAUAUUUGAUGCAAUGUUUCCAGUCACCUACAUCGCUGGCGAAACAGUUAUUCUGCAGGGUGACGAAGGUGACAAUUUCUAUGUUAUCGACCAAGGGGAGAUGGAUGUGUAUGUGAACAACGAAUGGGUGACCAGCAUUGGGGAAGGAGGCAGCUUCGGAGAGCUGGCCCUGAUAUACGGCACCCCAAGGGCGGCCACAGUUAGAGCCAAGACCAAUGUCAAGCUGUGGGGCAUCGACAGAGACAGCUAUAGGAGAAUACUUAUGGGAAGCACUUUGAGAAAGAGGAAGAUGUAUGAGGAAUUCCUCAGGAAAGUGUCCAUUUUAGAGUCUCUGGACAAAUGGGAGCGUCUGACAGUUGCUGAUGCCUUGGAGCCCGUCCAGUUUGAGGAUGGACAGAAGAUUGUAGUGCAGGGCGAGCCUGGAGAUGAAUUCUUCAUCAUCUUAGAGGGAGUUGGGUUCUUGCGUGCGGCUGUGUUGCAGCGUCGCUCAGAGAACGAGGAGUUUGUGGAAGUGGGGAGGUUAGGACCAUCUGACUACUUUGGUGAGAUCGCUCUGCUGAUGAACCGUCCCCGCGCUGCCACUGUGGUCGCCCGCGGCCCCCUGAAGUGCGUCAAGCUGGACCGGCCUCGCUUCGAGCGCGUCCUGGGUCCCUGUUCAGACAUUCUCAAACGUAACAUCCAACAGUACAACAGCUUCGUCUCGCUGUCUGUGUGAAGGGGCGUCUCUCUCCCCCACCCUUCCUCUCCCCUCCACCCUUUCCCUCUUUUUCUCCUUUUAGACCCAGGGUCCACCAAUGCAAUUUGCUUUUCGUCACUUUCUUCUUCUUCUUCUUCUUUCUGUUGCUUUUCUCCUUUCUUGUUUUUGUUUUACACAAAGAGAUCAUUUUGUUGUUACCACCCGUCACGCAGAGGUGACUUUCAGCCAUUCACCAGCGCUUGUACCAGCUGCUGUACGCUACCUUGUAGGCACAGUUACAUCACAUGUUACCUAUGUUAUAUAUGUAUUUGCUGGUUACGCUUUCUUUUUAGACUUAAACACAAAGCAGGAUUGUUGGGAGAUCUAAAAGACAUUAGGGUCUCAGACUGAUGAGACAGGACAAUCAACCUUUACAUGGCGCUUUUGGUGAAUUUGUAACAUAUAUAUAUAUGUUGUAGAUUGAAGUGAAGAGAGGACUGCUUCUUCCCCAUUAAAGAGUUUCCUUUUUGACACCAGUUAGCCUGAUUAGAUGUACAGCGUAGAGCAAAAUCCAGAAACUGUAGAAGGCAGGAAGAAAAAAAAGAUUGCAUCAAAUAUUGUCAGAUGUUUUUAGGUUCCAGCUGUAUGAUGGUUGUGCUCCAUUUGUUUUCGGUUACCUUUGAUCGGUGAGACAAUGACAAGUCUGUUGUGCUUCAUUUGAGAGAGCUUGUACAACUUAAAAGGUCUUUAUUUUAUUGUGCAGCUACCAGGCUAGUGCCAAAUGUUUAAUUAUUGUCACAACGCAAAGAUGCAUAGCCGUGGAAAUGCAGUGCGUGUUCUGUUCCCUGACUAUUUGGAGCUCCGAACAGGAAGUAGUUAUUACCCAUAAUGUCCUCUUUAAUCGGUAGAAUGACCAUACAAGAACUGCCUUGACUACUCUGAAGGAAAAAAAAAACAAAAAAAGAAAGGAAAAAAAAACAAGAGUAUUAAGUGUAUUUCAGUAUUCAAUUUUUUUAGUAUAUACCAAAUAACUUGGUCACUCUUCUGCUAUGGUUUGUAAUCAAAAUGUUAUCAUAGUAUAGUUAAAAUGAUCAUAGUUAUAUUAUUAUCAUUGAGUAAAUGAUAAAUGAUAUGGUUUGGAGUGAUGGUGAUCUUAAAAAAAAAAUACGUUUAACUGUCUUUUGUAAACACUUAUUUUUCCAUAAAUUCUAUUUUAGGUGUCCAGUGCCACAAAGUAAAUAAAUGCUUCUUCUUGUCAACUGACAAACAGUAUGUAAUUGUAUUGUGUAAAACGUCAUGGGUUAAAACUUUUUAAAAUAGAUCAAAUGGGUAAUUACAGGUUUAUUGAAGUGAAGUCUUGAAGAAAAAAAAAAAGAAGUGGUUUAUGGAUUUCAGGACAUCUGAAGUAUUUAUGUAUCACAGGUGAGCUGACAGGCAGAGUGAGCAGAUAUUUAUUUAAAACUAGUGUCAUUGCUUAUUGCCUAUUGAAAAGGUGGCUGUCUUUUCAUCAGAGUAGCUUGUGAUCUGUUCUCUAUGCUUACUUGGCAUGAUGUUUUUAGGCAUCCAGUGAUCCGGUAUGAAUGGAAGCGUGUAUUAAAAAGCGUGCCCUGCAGCUGCGUGCAGGGACUUUGUCAAAUAUUUGGUUUGUUACUCCCUAGCUUAACUGCUUCAUGACUAUUUAGAUGGCAUAAAAUGUUACGUCUGUCCUUUUUUCUUUUUUUGUUUGUUUUUUUUUUUUUUUAAAGAUCUUUACCAAAUCACACAAUGUUGACUUCUGGAUUAUAGGCUUAACUCUUCAUUCCUGCCUCACUGUCUGUUACCAGAACUGACAUAGAACCAGUCAUGUGUCUGUUUCUGUUGUCUCAUUCAGAGCUCUUGCUUAGAAUCGAGAUGUAUGUUUGUAUGUCCAAAAAAGAUUUGAUUUUGGUGCCGAUUGCAGGGUAGUCAGGUUAGUGAGAAAAAGGUUUUGUUAUUGGACAUGAGUGUAUUUUUCGUUAUUGUUAAAUUGAUCAUCUUCAUCUGUUCCCCUCCCCUCUAACCCUGAGGUUAUCCUCGUGGAUUUGGUUACAUGUGGAUUUGUUUCCAUUGACAACACAUCCUGUUUAUCCUCAUCUGCAGGAAAAUGACUCCGUUAGGGGCGAGGGUUUGACUCACCUUUUGUCAAAAUAUUGUUUUCAUGUAAAUAGUAUCAUUGGUUUUAGUCCAAAAUGUUUUUAACCACACUGCAAUCGUCCCGGUUUGCCUUAGCUUACCUAACCUGGGCUUACAGUAGUAGUCAGUCACUCCUGCUAGCCCGACCUUCAGUGAGUUUGUUUGGCCUGCGGCGCAGAGAGCUGCAGGCGAUCAGAGGACCAUUCUUUUUCUAUUCUACCCUGUAUUCAGUUUGACCUCCUGUAUGUGCAAAGAUGUUUAUCCUUUUGGUAUAGAUUGUUCCAGAUGGCAGUUUAAGCAAUAAAAAAGUAAAAAUGAUUCAG